CUGAAACCUCAUUCUCAUUGUCCCGUCCUUACACCCAAUAGCAAAAACCCCCAAAGCUUCAUCGUCUGCUCCCCUUCCCCCCUUGCCCAAAGACCUCCUUCCAUUACUCAAAAACACAUCAGUUACCCGUGAGAAGCGCCAUCGUUUAGUUCCCGCCAGUGGUCUGAGCCGGGAGCCAUCUGAAUUAUGGAGGCAAAUUCACUUAUUCAAAAUCCCCAAAAGAAGCAGGAACUGAAUGAAGAAGACAUGGAUGGGAACAGCAAAUGCUUAAGUAACUUACCUGAGGAGAUUCUUCUACACAUCCUUUCCUUUCUUCCAACAAAAGAUGUUGUUAGGACAAGCGUACCCUCUAAAAGGUGGGAUUACCUAUGGGCUUCUAUUCCCAAUCUAGUUUUUGAACAAUCCUUACCUGCCAAGAGAACGCUUUUGAUGAAUUUUGUGGAUAGGGCGCUUUGUCUUCGUUAUUCCUCUGAUAUAAAACGAUUCACUCUCCGUUGUGAUGUGCUAUGUGAUUCAUCUCGUGUUAAUACAUGGAUCUCUGCGGUAGUAAGACAUAAUGUUCAAGAGUUGAGUAUUGAGCUUGACAAAUUCAAAGGAGUAUUUUCACUGCCUUAUUGCUUGUUUACUUGUAAGACACUGACAAGCUUACAGCUUGAAAUGCCCUAUAUCCUCAAGCUUCCCACUACAAUUUGCUUCUCAAACCUAAAGAUCUUGACUAUUCGAAAUGUUACAUUUUCGGAUGAGUACUUGACCCAACAGCUUUUCUCUGGUCUGCCAGUCCUUGAGGAGUUGGUAUUAUUCGGUUGUAGCUGGGGGGAUCUCAAGUCUGUGUGUAUUUCUGCUCCCAAGCUAUAUUUUUUGCACAUAUGGGAAACAGAGAUCCCAGAUGAUGAUUUUUGGAAUUAUAAAGAUGUUUGUCAGGUUAUGAUUGUUGGAGAUAGUCUCAAAGAAUUUUAUUACAUGAGUCUUAUGUGCGGUGACUAUUGCUUAUACAAGUCAUUCUCACUGGAAAAAGGAGAGCUUGAUACUAACUAUGAAUAUGUAUCAGACCAUGAUUAUAUACCGGACGAAAUUAUUCAUGGCAUGUAUAAGCUUCUUGUAGGGCUCUCCAGUGUAAAAUCCCUAAGACUUUCCUCUGACGUGGUUGAGGUUCUGAGAAAUGCGGAAGAACUCCUACCUCAUAUACCUAUGUUCAAUAACCUGAAGGAAUUGGUAUUCCAUGGUUGCUUAAUGGAUCUUGGCUGUGCAACACUAUCAACGAUUUUGCAAAGAUCUCCUUGUCUUGAGAGAUUGCAAUUUUUGGGGGGGUUCACUCUGUCGUCAAAUUGUGAGAAAGAUGAUAGGAUAUUGAACCCAAUUCCUCCAUGUUUCUUGUCCCAUCUCAAGUGGAUUGGAGUCGAUAGUUUUGGUGUGGAUGAGAACUUCCUUUUUUCUUUAAAGAUUUUUCUCAACAAGGCUAUUGUUUUGGAGACAAUAGUUAUAUUUCUCUUGAUGGGUGAUUAUGGAAGGAACUUAAAUCUGCAAGACAAGUAUUGUGAACAGUUAAUGGAGCUCCCUGCAGGGCCACAAAAUUGUAAAAUUGUUGUGGAAUGGUUUGAUUCCUUCCCUAAUAUAGUUUCACGAGGUUUAAGACUCAAAUCUCCUUGGAUGCAAACAAUUCUUUGGGGGCAGUUUGCUGGCAAAGUCAAAGUAUUAUCUGAUCUAUGUGGAGGAAGCGCUUUACAUGGGCCUGAGGUUUACCUAACAGGGAUCGGUAUACGAAGUGGCCAUACAUUGGAAUGGUUCUUUGUCAUUAAAAAAAAAUUAAAUAAAAAAUCGUGAUAAGUAGUUUGUUUUGUUUUGUUUUUUUUGCAAUGCGCAAGGGGAAGGGGGUUACAUCGGUGAUCUUUUUUGGUAGGGUAAUGAUUUUUUUACAUCACAUUGGUGUACAUCAACUCUACACCAAGACACAUAAGGUGUAAGGCUUAUGCAUGUGGGUUCUAUACAUGUGGAUACAUGUGGAUUUCACAUGCCCAAGGUUCAUGCAUAUGGGUCUCAAAAAAUGAUUUUUGCACAAUCUAUUUAUACAACUCCUACACAACCAAAGACACAUUGGUAGGACUCAUGUAAUAUGUCUUGGGUUGUGUAGGGGUUGUGGAAAUGAAUUGUGCAACAAACACAUUCCAUGGGUCUCAUAUCCAAUGUGUUGCUGUAGACUUAAUGUAAACUAAAGCGAUGCAGAAAUAACACAUCUCUUUCUAUCAUAAUGGUAUGUAAGUCCUAUUUUAAGAGUUGCUUUUUAUUGAUUAUGUACUAGUAUCCUUAGUAAAUAAUGGGUUGGGAUGGGCUAGGCUUAGUUUAAUAAAGCCCACC